AAUGUAUUGUUAUACCACUUGUAUUACAAGUCUCCUAUAUUUUGUAUGCUUUGGAAUUUAUCAAAGUACGUUUAAGUUAUGGCUCGAUUAGAAUCCGCUUUAUAGGAAGUACUUCUGCUAGAAGCACUUAGAAAUUUUAGUCCAAAUGCUCUUUGAAAAAUCGUACUUUCUCUACCAAACACUUUCAAAAACCCCUUUACACCUUUCAUGAGCAUUGUCAAACCUGCUCUUAAACUUUUAGACCCAAAAAAAAAAAAAAAAAAAAAACCUGCUCUUAAAAUAAAAAAGUACGUGUUGAGUAAGAAGUCUCAAUCCCAAUCGACAAAACAUAAUCAUUAUCUGUUAGAAAAACAAAAAACAAAAAAAAUCUACAAAAUACUGAAAACUUAUUUACUUCUUUCUAAAACAAGAAAAAAAAAAUCAUAUAUACAUAUAUAAUAAUAAUAAAAAUAUUUUUAUUUUAAAAAAAAAACAGAGAGAGAAAAAGACAGAACCAUGAAAGUGAGAGGACUCUUUGAUCAGUAAAAAUCUUGGCCGAACACACAAGUGUAGACAGAUAGAAAUACGCCGGAAAUUAUGAACACAAGUCAUUAGUGUUUUAAUAGUGUUUAGAUUGCUUUUCAGAAUAAACCAACCACAUGGCUUUUAAUUCUCUGCUAGUUCUAUUAGAAAUGGACUGUCCCAGCUUUGCCUUUUGGGUAUCACAAUUUGAUCCCAAAAACAAAACUAUGUGACCUUUCUUCCCUCUUUCAUCUCUUGGAAAUUAUGAUCAACCAAACCCAAAAACACACACAACCUCUCUUCACCAUGAAAGGCAAUCAAAAAGACCCUGCAGAAGGAUGGACCUCCAAAAAGAUCACCUUAUGUUUCUUGGCUUUGAUCUCUUUCCUCUACAUCUCCUACUCUCUACAAUUUGUUUCGCCUUCCAAUCUUUGUAGGCAGCAGCAAUCUUUCACUGCCCAUGUCCAAUCACAACCAAAACCAAAGGUUUCCUUGCCUCCAAUUCCUCAGCCAAUUACAGAUACAACCCCAGAAAAACCCCAAGAGGCUAAAACAAACAUAUCCCAUAUAGUCUUUGGCAUUGCAGCCUCAGCCAAUAUGUGGGGCCAUAGGAAGAACUACAUCAAGCUAUGGUGGAAGGCAGACCAAAUGAGGGGCAAUGUUUGGUUGGAUCAGCCUGUAAAAAUGGAGCCUGAGCAUGAUCACCUUUUGCCACCUAUAAAGAUUUCCAGUGAUACUUCCAAGUUUGAGUACAAGCACCCGAGAGGCCAUCAGUCUGCGAUACGCUUGUCACGCAUAGUUUCGGAGAAUUUCAGGCUAGGCAUGGAGAAUGUGAGGUGGUUUGUGAUGGGGGAUGAUGACACAGUUUUUGUGACUGAGAAUCUGGUCAGGGUUUUGCAGAAAUAUGACCAUAACCAGUUUUAUUAUAUUGGGAGCUCAUCAGAGAGUCACUUGCAGAACAUUUAUUUUUCAUACAACAUGGCCUAUGGUGGAGGAGGGAUUGCUAUAAGUUACCCAUUAGCCAAAGCAUUAGAGAAGAUGCAGGAUAGGUGCAUAGAAAGAUACACUGGAUUGUACGGCUCAGAUGAUAGGCUUCAGGCUUGUAUGGCUGAGCUUGGUGUCCCUCUCACCAGAGAAAAAGGAUUUCACCAGUUUGAUGUAUAUGGGAGCUUGUUUGGACUUCUAGCAGCUCAUCCAGUCACACCCCUAGUGUCCCUCCACCACCUAGAUGUGUUUGAGCCCAUAUUCCCCAACAUGGACCGGGUCCAUGCCCUACAAAGGCUCCAGGCCCCGAUGAAGAUCGACUCCGCCGGGCUUCUACAACAAUCCAUUUGUUACGACAAGACCCGAUCCUGGACCGUAUCUGUUUCAUGGGGAUACACGAUUCAAAUAUUUCGAGGCAUUUUUUCGCCCCGAGAAAUUGAAAUGCCAUCUAGGACGUUCCUCAAUUGGUACAAGAAAGCUGACUAUACGACCUACGAAUUCAACACGCACCGUUUUGGUAGGAACCCGUGUCAACAACCAUUUGUGUAUUACUUUUCUAAUGUCGUAUACAAUAAAAAUGUGAGCCAUACAGCUACUGAGUAUGUUCGCGAUCGAGUGCCAGACCCAGAAUGCCACUGGAAGAUGGCAAAUCCCUCCCGGAUUAAAAAAGUGCAAGUCUAUAAAGCACCCAAUCCACAUUUAUGGGACAAGUCUCCAAGGAGAAAUUGCUGCAGAAUUUUGCCAAAUACCAAGAAGAACGGCACCAUGGUCAUUGAUGUAGGAGCAUGCAAUGAAGAUGAAGUCGUCGAAGUGCGGUAGAGUACAUAAGAUUGCAAAGAGCCUUCCUAGCAAUUCACAAUUUUGUUGAAUUUUUUUCUUUGCAAAGAAACAGAAAAGUUUACUAACUAGCAUACAUCCCUUUGUAUCCUAAUAUUGGAUGUUGAUUACAGAAAAUAGUUAGUGUAAAUUAACCCAAAAAAAGAGAGGAUUGAAUGAGAAAAGAAGCCAAAAUAUUGCCAA